AUGUCAUCAACAAAUAGCUGCUGCAAGAUGAAAUGUGAUAAUGUGGUUAACUACCUGAGGAUUAUUGGGACAACACUGUUCGGAGUCUCGCUGCUUGUGGGAAUCUCGACUGCCUACAUCAUGGGCUAUCAGUUCUUCACAACUACAGGCAGUUACAUGUCGUUUGGCCUUUAUGGAGCCAUACUUGUCAUUCACCUCAUCAUCCAGAGCUUGUUUGCUCUAUUAGAACACAGAAAAAUGCGGAGAUCCCUAGAGACCCCAAUCAAACUCAACAAAUCACUGGCCCUGUGCAUAGCUGCCUACCAGGAAGACCCCACCUACUUAAAAAAGUGUUUACAAUCGGUGAAGAGGCUCACCUACCCAGGCAUCAAGGUCAUCAUGGUGAUUGAUGGAAACAAUGCUGAAGACACCUACAUGAUGGACAUCUUUCGGGAAAUAAUGGGCCAGGACAGAGCAGCCACCUAUGUCUGGAAAAGCAACUAUCAUGAGCGGGGGCCGGACGAGACAGACGAGACUUAUAACGAGAGUUUGCAGCAGGUCUCUCAGCUGGUACUUAACAAUAAAUGUGUGUGCAUCAUGCAGAAGUGGGGAGGAAAGAGGGAAGUCAUGUACACAGCCUUCAAAGCCCUGGGGAGGAGUGUCGACUAUGUGCAGGUGUGUGACUCAGACACUAUGCUGGAUCCUGCCUGUUCAGUGGAAAUGGUGAAGGUGCUGGAGGAGGACCCCAUGGUGGGGGGAGUCGGGGGAGAUGUGCAGAUCCUGAACAAAUACGAAUCGUGGGUCUCCUUCUUGAGCAGCGUCCGCUACUGGAUGGCUUUUAACAUCGAGCGCGCGUGCCAGUCCUACUUUGGCUGCGUGCAGUGUAUCAGCGGGCCUUUGGGGAUGUACAGGAACUCUCUGCUUCACGAGUUCCUGGAGGCCUGGUACAAUCAGACCUUCAUGGGCAGCCACUGCAGCUUCGGCGACGACCGCCACCUCACCAAUCGCGUGCUGAGCCUGGGCUAUGCCACUAAAUACACCGCACGCUCCAAGUGCCUGACCGAGACGCCCAUCACCUACCUGCGCUGGCUGAACCAGCAGACCCGCUGGAGCAAGUCAUACUUCCGAGAAUGGCUCUACAACUCCAUGUGGUUCCACAAGCACCACCUGUGGAUGACCUACGAAGCGGUCAUCACCGGCUUCUUCCCUUUUUUUCUGAUCGCUACGGCCAUCCAGUUGUUCUACCAUGGCCGCUUCUGGAACAUCCUCCUUUUUUUGCUAAUCGUGCAGGUCGUGGCGCUGAUCAAGUCCUCCUUCGCCAGCUUCCUUCGAGGCAACAUCGUCAUGGUCUUUAUGUCUUUUUAUUCAGUAUUAUACAUGUCCAGUCUGUUACCGGCGAAAAUGUUCGCCAUAGCCACGAUAAACAAGUCAGGCUGGGGAACUUCAGGGAGGAAGACCAUAGUUGUAAACUUUAUCGGGCUUAUCCCCAUCUCUGUCUGGUUUGCUAUACUCUUCAUCGGCAUCAUAUACACCAUCGCACAAGAGACGCGAAAACCUUUUGCGGAGUCGGAGAAGCUAGUUUUAAUAAUCGGCGCAGUAGUGUAUGUCAGUUACUGGGCCGUGUUCUUGACUUUGUACAUGGUUCUAAUCACAAAGUGUGGUAAAAGAAAGACGGAGCAGCAGUAUGACAUGGUGCUUGAUGUCUGA